UGCUAUAAAUUCCAUCCCCUUACUACAAGCAACUCCCCAACACAAACCUCUGUGUGUGUUUCUCAUUUUCGUAUCUGAACACCGUUGCUUCUUUCUGUCACAUGUCUCAUAAGCCCAACUUUACUCAAUCUUGUUUCAUAGCAUUUUGUCCUCAUUCCCAACCAAAACUCCAAUUAGUCAUUUCCUAUCAUCUCCCAAUAAUUUGAUUCCGUUCAUUCCGUUACAUUCCCCUCAGGGCUCAAUCACAAUCACAAACACAAAAUAAAUAAAUAAAAACCUUAUUAUUUACUUUCGAAAUAUCCCCGAUAUAGUCUGUUGACAAAAUCAACCCAACCAAUCUCUUUAAUUUCCUUUGAUUUUUUCAAAGUUACAAACUUUUUCACAAAAAAGAGUAAUGGGUGUCAAGGGUUUCGUUGAAGGAGGCAUAGCUUCCAUCAUUGCAGGGUGUUCAACACACCCUCUUGAUCUCAUCAAGGUUCGAAUGCAGCUUCAAGGAGAAAUUCAAACACCCAAUAUCCGACCCGCAAUGGCAAUCCAACCGGGUUCCGUUCACUCGUUGCCGCCGCCGCCACGUGUUGGUCCAAUUUCCGUUGGUGUUAAAUUAGUCCAACAAGAAGGUGUAGCCGCUCUUUUCUCCGGCGUCUCCGCCACCGUCCUCCGGCAGGUUCUCUACUCCACAACCCGUAUGGGACUCUACGACAUGCUCAAGAAAAAAUGGACCGAUCCAAACGCCGGCGGUACCAUGCCGUUAACAAGCAAAAUCGCAGCAGGGCUGAUCGCCGGUGGGAUCGGGGCAGCGGUCGGGAAUCCAGCCGACGUGGCGAUGGUCAGGAUGCAGGCCGACGGAAGACUUCCGCCAACUCAAAGACGAAAUUAUAAAUCCGUCGUCGAUGCCAUCACGAGAAUGGCAAAAGAUGAGGGAGUUACUAGUCUAUGGCGCGGUUCAUCGCUUACUGUGAACCGCGCCAUGUUAGUUACGGCGUCGCAGCUGGCAUCCUACGACGAGUUUAAGGAAACAAUUUUGGAAAAAGGUUGGAUGCGGGAUGGGCUUGGGACUCACGUGACAGCGAGUUUUGCAGCGGGUUUUGUGGCAGCAGUUGUGACGAAUCCGGUGGAUGUGAUUAAAACGAGGGUGAUGAAUAUGAAGGUGGAGGUUGGAUCGCCGCCGCCGUACUCCGGUGCUGUUGAUUGUGUUUUGAAGACUGUUCGUGGUGAGGGUCCUAUGGCUCUUUAUAAGGGUUUUAUUCCUACGAUUACGAGACAGGGACCUUUUACGGUUGUUCUGUUUGUUACGUUGGAACAGGUUCGUAAGUUGCUUAAGGAUUUCUAAGUUCGAUGAUGAACAACGUUAAUAAUGUUCUUUAGACGGAUUUUAUUUUUAUUAAUUUUUUUAGUUUUAGUUUUAUUUAAAUUAAGAUUUUGGUAUGUGUUGCUCAGAUCAGCUAUUCCAAUUAAAUUGGCAAUAGAUUGUUAUCGACUGAAUUAGGAACUAGUUAUGGUGCUUGGAAUUUGGAGUAUGAAAUUAAUAUUAUUUUUUCAUUUUAAUUUUGAGUUUAUCAAGUUGGAGAAUGUUAUUAUUA